CGCGCGGGGCUCCCCCAUGGCGGUGACGCGCGUUGCCAUGGCGACGGCCGGGCGGCGUUGGGGGGGUGGCGGGAUGACAACAAAUAUGGCGGAGAGGAGCAGGACGGCAGAGACGGGCAGUGCCAUCAGAAGUGAUGAUAUCAUAGCAGGGAACGUGAGCAAGUACAUUGUUCUCCCAGCUGCUUACUGUGGACAGCCUAAAAAAGGACAUCUUAUAUUUGACGCCUGUUUUGAAAGUGGGAACCUUGGCCGGGUUGACCAAGUCACAGAGUUUGAGUAUGACCUCUUCAUUAGGCCAGACACCUGCAACCCACGCUUCCGAGUCUGGUUCAACUUCACCGUGGAAAACGUGAAGGAAUCACAGAGAGUAAUUUUCAAUGUUGUCAACUUCAGCAAAACAAAAAGCCUCUACAGAGAUGGGAUGGCUCCAAUGGUGAAAUCCACAAGCCGACCCAAAUGGCAAAGAAUCCCCUCCAAAAACGUGUACUACUACCGCUGCCCAGACCACAGGAGGAACUAUGUCAUGUCCUUUGCUUUCUGCUUCGACCGGGAGGACGACACUUACCAGUUUGCCUACUGCUACCCCUACACCUACACUCGCCUUCAGCACUACCUGGACAACCUCCAGAGGAGGAACAUGGACUACUUCUGCAGGGAACUGCUGGGGCUCAGCGUGCAGAAACGGCGGCUUGACCUCCUGACAAUAACCAGCCCUGAGGACAAAACUGACCUUGAGAACAGUGUGAUGCAGAAGAAAAUUAAAAUCCCCAAACUCUCUCUCAAUCACAUAGAAGAAGCUGGGGAGGUUACAGAUUAUGGGGAAGAAGAUGUGGAGCUUAGACACAGUAAGAGACAAGAUGGGAGGAAACAAAGUGAAGGUACACACAAAAGCAUUGAAGCAGUUGUUGCUCGCCUUGAAAAACAGAACGGGAUGAGUCUCAGUAAUACUUCCAGCCCUGAGGAGGCUUUUAUGGAGGCUACAGAGGGCAUGAACAAUAUGGACGAUGCUGUAGUUCCUCGGAUUCUCUAUGAGGAAUUGCUGAGGAGUUACCAGCAGCAACAGGAGGAAAUGAGACACAUUCAACAGGAGCUGGAGAGAACGCGGAGACAGCUCGUGCAACAGGCAAAGAAGCUAAAGGAGUAUGGGGCACUCGUGUCAGAAAUGAAAGAGCUCAGAGACUUGAACAGGAGGCUCCAGGAUGUACUGCUGCUAAGACUAGGUAGUGGACCUGCCAUUGAGGUUGAAAAAGUAAAACCUGAAUCAAUUGAGCCUGAACCUGAGGUACAGAAGACCUUCAGUGAGGAAGCAAAUACAUCAACGUACUUCCCUGCCCCUGUUCCAGUAAUGGACAAGUAUAUUCUCGAGAAUGGAAAGGUCCAUCUUGGCAGUGGAAUUUGGGUAGAUGAGGAGAAAUGGCACCAGCUGCAAGUAACACAAGGAGAUUCAAAGUAUACAAAAAAUCUAGCGGUUAUGAUUUGGGGAACAGAUGUUCUCAAGAACAGAAGUGUCACAGGAGUUGCAAAAAAAAAGAAAGAUGCCGUUCCCAAGCCACCUCUCUCACCUCACAAAUUAAGCAUUGUCAGAGAAUGUUUGUAUGAUAGAAUAGCACAAGAAACUGUGGAUGAAACUGAAAUUGCACAGAGACUCUCCAAAGUCAACAAGUACAUCUGUGAAAAAAUCAUGGAUAUCAAUAAAUCAUGUAAAAAUGAAGAAAGGAGGGAAAUUGCAAAGUACAAUUUGCAAUAAAUUUUGGAUUUUUAAUAAAGUCUUAGUGUUUUACUUAA